AUGAUUUCAUGUCUCGAAGUAAUCCGUUUUAAUUCCAAUUUGUUAACCAACAAUACUAAACAUCAAGCUGUGAAUAAAAAUGAAAAGCACUAUAGUGAAUCAAACAGAACUUUGUCUCACCAAUUUAAUGGUCUCAUAACUGAAAAAGAACCCGAUCAAUUUAAUGUAAAAGUCGAGGACCUAAAGCUGGAGUCUAUCAAGAAGUUGAAGAAUAAUUGGAGUAAAAUAAUUGAUAAAUACUCAAAAAUCAAAGAUGAAUAUGAAAGUGAUGAGAUUGAUAUUAUUACAGGUAAAAUCAUAACAGACAAUGGUCAUUUAAAAAAUUUGGACAAUUUAGAUAAAAACAAUAUCAAGAAUGUAAAUAUAUGGAGAGAAGAUUAUGAAAAAGAAGAAUUAAGAAUAAGAGCAAGAGAUUGGAGAGGGAAAGUUAAAAGGGAACAGAUGUUAAAUAAAAGUUUGAAAUUGGAUUUACAACAUCAUUCUUCAGAUCUUGACAGUGCAUUUUUAAAUGGGGAUAAUUUUAAAGAUAAUUCACCAACAAAAGGAUCAAUCCCUACAACAUUUCACACUAAAGAAGAAUCUCCAACUAAGAAAAGAAGAGUUUAUAUCAUGAAAGAGGAUGACGAUCAGCUGGCUGAAGAAGAAUCCGAAUCAGAUUUUGAAAGUUCGAAUGAUUCCUAUUCUGUUGGAGAAGACGAAGAGGAGGAAUCUGAUGAUAUCUCCACAACUUGUGACAAGAGUCAAGAGUUUUUCGAGGAUAAAGCUAUCAGAAAAAGAGAACAAUUUGGAAGACCAAAACGAGCUAAGUCCGAGGAUAUUCUAGAUUUAUGUAAGACUUCCCAGCUACGACCGAUCAAAUUUCAAAAUGAAUCCACAAAAAGCUCACCCAUAAAGAAGAAUAAUAUUAAAUUUGAGGACGGACUUUUACCUAUCAAAGCUGGUCUUGAAAGAAAAUCAUCUCCUACUAAAAAAUCAAGAGAGUCAUCUCCUAUGAAAAAACAAAGAGAAUCAUCACCAUUAGAAUUUGAAGAACUUCAGUUUCUUAGUCAAUCACUGCCUAAACCAGCCGUCAAAACUACCAUUCUUGAUUCAGAUAUAAAAUUAAGUGAAAGUCCAAUCGAAAAUUUCAAAUCAAAAUCUAAUACUUAUUCAAGUUCUGCUUCUCCAGAUGUGGAAGAUCAAUUUUGUACAAUUGAUGAAGUUGAAUUCCUAAAUUUUAAUAAGUCAAAAAAACCUCAACUUUAUACUUGUUGUUUCGAAAUGUGUGAUUUUAAAUCAAAAAGAAAAAGCUCAUAUAAGACCCAUUUACUCAAUGAUCAUUCCAAUGCGUUAAGCAAAAUGGGGUACCCUAUAGAAUUCAAAUCAGCCGAAGAUAAGUGUUCCUCAAAAUUGGUGAAUAACACUUCCUUAAAUGAAAUCUUUCCAUUAAAAUAUAAAUUACCCAAAACUUUCAAGUUUUUGAAAUGCAACGAAACAACCGACAAUAAUGAAGUGUGUCAGUACUUUUGCAAUAACGACUACGAUUUGGAAAACCAUAAAACAAAAGGUGAUUGUUAUUAUGGGAAGAUACUACUAUUUUGUCCUAUUUUGGGUUGUGGAUAUUUAACAGAUGGAGGAUUUGAAGAAUGGCGAGACCAUUUAUUUCAAGCAAAACAUUUGGAAUAUGACGAAGAAAAAGAUGAAAAAGAAGAAGAAGCAGAAGGUUCUAGCCUUAAUCCCAUAGAAAUCGACCAGGAAGAUGAAAUCAUGUCAUCACCAUUUCACAAAACUUCACCUGAAUUGCCUGAUUUAGAUAAGCAACAUAUAACUUCACUUAAACCAAUUUCGGACAUACCAGAAUCUCCUCCAACUUUUCUGAAUACUUCCAAAGUGAGAAUCAAUAGAAGGAUCGUGUCAAUAGAAACUCCAAAUUUUUCAGAUCAGGUUGAUCAUGAUUCUUCAAAUCUUAAGACCAUGAACAAUUCUUAUCAAGACUAUGAUGAAGGGUAUGAUUCAAUUUACGAAUUAUUCCAGUAA